AUGGAGGAGAGGCCCUUCCUCCCAACGAGAUCAAAUUCGCUAUCAGUAGACGAAGAAAGCGAAUUUGCUGAAAAGCAUAUUCGUUCGCCAAAGAGGAGCCCCUACGAGCAAUGUUUGCCAUGGCUCAUCCAACUUUUUGUCUUUACCGUUUAUACAACAAUCUUCUUUCUUUUCUGGGACCGUUCACAAUCUCGUUGUUCAGAGGCAGAUGCAUCCAAAUUCGCCCCAGCUUAUAGCCCAGCAUCAAAGGCACUCAAGUGGGAACUGAGAACCUUUCAAAAUCAGCUGGAGAUAACGAAUCCGUUCAAAGGACCACCCAGACCGGAAUUAGAGGAGGCAUGGAAUAAGCUUCUCCAUCCGUCUGCUGCCAUUCUCGUGGAUAAGGAAUCACUGGACAGAAUCAAUCGCACUUCUGUUGAGCUUCGAGAUGGAUCGGGGUAUAUGGCUGCCUUGGACGUAUAUCAUCAGCUACAUUGCUUGAGAUGGGUGCGCAGGUACAUUCACCAAGACCACUACAACUCCACCGAGGAAAAUCUAGGCCAGCAUAUUGACCACUGUUUGGAUGGCUUACGGCAGUAUGUGAUGUGCAACGCGGAUUUGUCUAUUAACACUUUUGACUGGAUCCCAAAUUAUCCCAAGCCGUGGCCAAAUUUCGAGGUCGUGCAUAAGUGUGCGAAUUGGGAGUCUAUCGAGGAAUGGGUUUUGGCGAACAGUUUCGAUGGAUUCGAUCCUGAUUUGAUCCGUCAUCCAGAUUAUCACCCUGAACUACCAAGUCCAUUCAAUUACACUGUCAGUGGGAACUCACCCUGA